ACGCCCCCGCAGCGCCAGUGCGUGGAGUACGCGCUCAAGGCGCAGCCGCUGCGCCGCUACAUCCCCAAGAACCGCACGCAGCACCGCGUCUGGGCCAUGGUCAACUCCACCGCCUUCGAGUACAUCAUGUUCGUGCUCAUCCUGCUCAACACCAUCGCGCUGGCCGUGCAGCACUACGAGCAGUCCAAGCCCUUCAACUACGUCAUGGACCUGCUCAACAUGGUCUUCACGGGGCUCUUCACCGUGGAGAUGCUGCUCAAGAUCAUCGCCUUCAAGCCGCGGCACUACUUCUGCGACGCGUGGAACACCUUCGACGCACUCAUCGUGGUGGGCAGCGUGGUGGACAUCGCCGUCACCGAGGUCAAC